AGAAAAGUUGACUGAUUCUUUGUGAGAGAGACCUCCCUCUCAUGACAACAGCAAUCACUAAUAGUUGACUUAGCCAAUCUUUUUGUUACAAGAGCACAUAAUCAGCAUUUGGAAAACUGGACACCUCUUACAUGACAGUGGGUCUUUGCCAUCACACUACAAUGACUGCUGUAGCUGUUGUCUGCCUGCAGUGAGCAUUCUGAGGUUAUGCUGCCCGAAAGUUCCCAGUUGAGUCUGAAUGAAAGAGAAAAGGGCUAAAGCCAGCGCACUUUACAGCAUCACCCACAAACCUGACCAUAAGCAAUGAGUGACCCUCAGGACGCCAGUGACGUCACUUCUGCCGCAGGCUUGACAAGACAUUUGCCUGUUGCAGUGCAUUCUCCCCCCCAGCGAUGUGACGAUGAUGACGAAGGGGACUUGAACAAGACACUGGGAGUGCAGCGCUUCCAGCAGAUCCUCACUCCCGCCCCGCGCGUGCCCAUCGAACAACACCGCACAUUUAAUGAGGAGGACUUUGAGUAUCACCGUCACACCUCUCUACACGUUCACCACCCUCUGUCUAAACAUCUCCCAGAGGGCCGGAGGAAAAAGCCCGGGCGGAAACGGAAGGACUCAGGACGGAGUAGGAGUUCAUCCAUGGGAGCAGCUCCCCCGAUUGAUGAGGAUGAUGAGGAUGAAGAGGUGGAUGAAGAUUCCUGCAGCCAGCAGGAAAGGGAGGAAAAUGUCACCACUACACCUACACCGGACACAGACACAGAGGUCAUAGAGCGGGCAGAGUUUUUUGUAUCACAAGAUGACCCCAACUCCACUGUAAAAAAGAACGGUAAAGCCUCGGCUCAUCGAAAACUGUCAAUCAUACCCCAUUCUACACUUCACACCAGUAUCAGCAUCCCAGAAGAUGUUGCAACAACUGUGGGCAGAAAUUGGGUUCGUAAUCUACCCAAUGGCAGACGAGUGUCCGCGCCAUGUUUGUUUCCAAGUUCUCCAGACGGCAGCUCUAAGUCCGGUCACAGCUAUGAUCUGCAGGAGCGCCGCCGCACGGGCAACAUGACGGGCACUGCGCUGGCACACUACCAACACAUGCCCACUGAUGAGAGCGAAGCACAGACGCUCGCCACGGUUGACCUGGAUGGCAUUAAGAGUCACCGAUUUGAAGAUGUUCCUGGUGUGCGGCGACACCUGGUUAAGAAGAGCGCUAAAGGUCAGGUGGUUCACAUCGGCAAGGACCACAAAGAACCCAGCAGUCGUAUCCGUACUAAGCUGGAUCGAACCCCACAUGAGGUGUUUGUUGAGCUGAAUGAGUUAGUGAUGGAUAAGAACCAGGAGAUGCAGUGGAGGGAAACGGCUCGUUGGAUAAAGUUUGAGGAGGAUGUGGAGGAGGAGACCGAACGCUGGGGAAAACCUCAUGUAGCUUCCCUCUCAUUCCGCAGCUUGCUGGAGCUCCGCAGGACCAUUUCACAUGGUGCCGUGUUGUUGGACCUGGACCAGAAGACCCUUCCUGGUAUUGCUCAUCAGGUUGUGGAGCAGAUGAUUAUCACAGAUCAGAUCAGAGCACAGGACAGAGCCAACGUGCUCCGAGCACUGCUCCUCAAACACAGUCACCCGAGUGACGGUAAGGAGAACAGCUUGUUUAAACGGAACAUCUCUGCAACCAGCCUCGGGUCUCUCAUAUCUCAUUACCAUAGCAAUAACCAUAUCGCCGCACCCGAGCCCCCUGCCACAGACCCGCUUAUUGGAGGACUGCGUAACUUUGAGUCCCGCGGUAGUGUAGACUUGGAUAAGAAUGAGAAAGACACACCCCAGUUUUUUGGUUUGCACAAGGCCAAAUCUAAACAUGAACUGAAGUUGCUUGAGAAGAUUCCAGAGGAUGCAGAAGCGACUGUUGUCCUUGUGGGUAGCGUGAAUUUCCUGGACCAGCCCACCAUGGCCUUUGUGAGACUGCAGGAAGCAGUUCUGUUAGAGUCAGUUCUAGAAGUGCCGAUUCCAGUACGGUUUAUAUUCGUGCUCCUUGGCCCACCCAGCGCCAAUGUUGACUACCACCAAAUCGGCCGCUCCAUAUCAACGCUUAUGUCAGAUAAGCACUUUCAUGAGGCGGCAUAUUUGGCAGAUGAGCGCCAGGACCUGCUGACAGCAAUCAACAGCUUCCUGGACUGCAGUAUUGUGCUUCCUCCAUCUGAGGUUGGAGGAGAUGAGCUGUUGCAUUCUAUCGCUCGCUUCCAGAAAGAGAUUCUGAACAAGAGACAUGAGCUAGAGGUCAAACUACAGGCCAAGGAACUUAAAAGCCCCGAGGACAUGGCCCUUCAUGCACCUUUGAAACCUUUAGACGAUCCUCUUCAGAGGACGGGUCGGCUGUUUGGCGGGGUUAUCAGAGAUGCACAGCGCCGCUACCCCAAAUACAUCAGUGAUUUUAAGGAUGCCCUAAGUCCUCAAUGCAUGGCCACAGUCAUAUUCAUUUACUUUGCUGCCCUUUCCCCUGCUAUCACCUUUGGAGGACUAUUGGGUGAAAAGACAGAUGGUUUGAUCGGUGUGUCAGAGCUGAUUAUUGCCACAGCCAUGCAGGGAAUGUUGUUCUGCCUGCUUGGGGCUCAACCUCUGCUGGUGGUGGGCUUCUCUGGACCCCUUCUAGUAUUUGAAGAGGCCUACUAUUCAUUCUGCAGGUCCAAUGAAAUCGAGUUUCUGACAGGACGUGCAUGGAUUGGAAUUUGGUUGGUCAUCAUUGUAGUUCUCACGGUGGCCUUUGAAGGGAGCUUUCUGGUGCGAUUUGUGACACGCUUCACCCAAGAGAUCUUCUCCAUCCUCAUCUCUCUCAUCUUCAUCUACGAGACCUUCUUCAAGCUGGGCAAAAUCUUUAUGGAUCAUCCUCUCAAGGGCUGCUAUAUGCCAGAAGAAAAUGACACUGCUUUAGCUUUACCAACACCCACCAGUGACGGCAGACCUACAGAUACCUCUCAAACCCUGAACCAGCCAAACACAGCUCUCCUCUCCUUGGUGCUCACGUCAGGCACCUUCUUCAUUGCCUUUUAUCUGCGUAAAUUCAAGAACAGCCCCUUUUUCCCUGGCAGUCUCCGAAGGGCUAUUGGGGAUUUUGGAGUUCCUAUUGCAAUCUCCACCAUGGUUCUGUUGGACUACAGCAUUAAGGACACUUACACACAGAAACUUAGUGUGCCUGAUGGCUUCUCUGUGACCAGCCCGGACAAGCGCAGUUGGUUUAUACACCCACUUGGCUCUGAUGGCCAGUUCCCCAUCUGGAUGAUGGUUGCCAGCAUUCUACCGGCUCUGCUUGUCUACAUCCUCAUUUUCAUGGAGACUCAGAUCACUACUCUUAUUGUGAGUAAGAAGGACAGGAUGCUGGUUAAGGGGUCAGGGUUUCACUUGGACCUGCUAAUCAUCGUGGUCGCGGGUGGGAUUUCAGCGCUCUUUGGGCUGCCAUGGUUGACCGGUGCUACUGUUCGUUCUGUAACUCAUGCGAAUAGUCUUACGGUCAUGAGCAAAGCCGUUGCUCCUGGUGACAAACCUCGAAUUAAGGAAGUAAAAGAGCAGAGAGUAACAGGAUUUCUGGUGGCUUGUCUUGUAGGUCUCUCGAUUGUGAUUGGAGAUCUUUUGCGGCAGAUUCCUAUCGCUGUGUUGUUUGGUAUAUUCCUCUAUAUGGGAGUGAUGUCUCUCAAUGGGAUCCAGCUAACAGAACGCACGAUGCUGCUAUUCAUGCCACCGAAGUACCACCCUGACCACACCUAUGUCCGCAAGGUGCGUACUCUCCGCAUGCACCUGUUCACGUGUUUGCAGCUGGUGUGCCUGGCUGUGCUGUGGAUUGUAAUGUCAACCGCGGCCUCUUUAGCCUUCCCGUUUGUCCUUGUCCUCACUGUGCCAUUCAGGAGGUUCCUGUUGUCCCGAAUAUUUACUCAACGUGAGAUACAAUGUCUUGACGCAGAUGAUGCAGAGCCGUCAUUUGAUGACAGAGAAGGCCAAGAUGAAUAUACAGAGAUGCAAAUGCCAGUAUGACCUCAUUCCUCUUCUGUCACUACCUGAUUUUCUUUUCAGGCAGAGAUGCCCAAAUGUACUGCCUGUCUUUUUUUUCUUUCUUUAAUCAAUGUUUGUCUCUUUUUUUUUUUUUGCUUAAUUCAUGGAGAUGUUAUAUUUAUACAUGUGUUCAAGUAUUGAAUAGUUGCUCUGUAUCACCUCUAUCUGUUGCGUGAAGAAAUAUUUGUCGCCUGUACUAUUAAUAUUUUAUCAGUUUAUUUAUCAGAGUUGAAAUGUUAUUGUGCAAUGUGUGUUGUGGAGCGUUAAAUGAAUUUAUGAUCUCGUCAGCUCAAAAUGGUACAGGAAGCACUUAAAUGAAGCUGUUUUUACUGCCCAUCAGUUUGUUUGUUUCAUUGGAAGAUUGCAUAUAGUGUACUGCUAAAAAUGAACAACUGUACAGAAUAACAUUAAUGCAAAUUGUGUACACUGUAUGUAUGUAUAUCUGUGUUCAAUAUUUUUGUAUCUAAACAGAGAUAUAUAUAUCUAUAAUGCCACUAGUGAUGAAAUACAGGUUGCAGUCACAAGUUUAAUUGGAAGAAGAAAAGAUAUAUUUGUCACAACUGUGAAUAUGUUGUCUUUUGAAAAUGGUUGCAUAGCUAUUUUGAAACCAGUUUUCUCACCAGAGCACCAAAGAGGAAUGCAUUUAUAUCUCACAAACACUAAGGGAAUCUAAGGGAAGCAGUCUUAAAAAGUUGAAAUAAUAGAUGAAGACACAAAAAGAGUCAUUUGAUUAUGGUUGAUUUUUAUUUACCCAGUUUGUAUGAGAGAAAAGCCAGUCGUUGUUAAAAGGAAUGUUUUAUGGAGUUCGAAGGGUUGUGUUUUACACUAUCUCUGCUAUGUUGAAUAAUGUUGUUAUGAUUUAAAUAUCACCAAGCACACUUGUGAAAUGGUUUGAUCGUUCACUGCACUACUGUUUAGUUUUAUUAACAGGUUCCAUAGGUGGAUAUUUGCUGUUUGAGGUACUGAUUUAGAAUGUAAACAAUUAAGAAGCAAGUGUAGAUCUGGUAUAAUUAUGUAUCAUGUGUAUCAGGUACAUUCCAGUGACCAAGAUGAUCUUGCGAAUAAUUAAUUUUAUAAAGAAGGGCCUACAUCUAAGAUGUCGUUUAGUCUGUUGUGUAUGUUUUAAAGGUGUCAAAUUGUGUAUUUUCCUUUUUUAAAACAGUUCAAUCUACUGUUUUCUUAACUAUCCCACACACUGUAGCUAGUAGUGCCUUUAUUCACUCGAUUGUUCCUUUCAGAUAAAAUAUUGCUUUUAAAAAGCUGAAGUGACCUUAGCAAGAGAACACAGCAGAUGUGAUUGAGAAAGAGGUGUUCAAUAAGAGAUUUUUGUGAUUAUUAAUUAUUAUAUUACUGUGGAAUGUCAAUGAUUUGGGCAAAUGUUUUAGUUUUAGCUCUGUAAAUAUUUAGAGUACAGGCCCAAUAAAAUAAAAUAAUGGAUCUGAUUU